AUGCUCGUUUUCCAUGUGCCGCACCGCACCGACGCCCGCCGCUCCGUCGCCCAGGGCGUAAGUACCAUGCUCACUCUACGCUACCCAACCUACGCUAUCCCCGCAGCGGAUGUCGCUUACACGGUGACAUGCCCUGUGCUCGCUCACGGCACAGUUGUCCCUCGGCCUCAUGUCCCUGGUUUGCGCUUUGACACGCAACGUUACGUAAUUGUAGUCGGCGCCCGAUCAGACUUGAGUACACCGCUGUACAAGGCGCUGGGAAUCCAAUGGGUAGACGACGUGCUGCUCCGUCGCAUCCACGAUCCACUCGGCGACACCCACUUGGAGGCGUCGCCCCAUGUUUUAAAU